UGUUCGCUCGAGUCCAGAAGUCAGGUUCAGUGCUGGACCUGGAACCCGGACCUGAGCAGAUCAGCCCUGAGCCACCUCUCCGGCCCCGUCAUGCCCUCGGAGGGAGGGGAGCCUUCCUCGAAGCGAAGAAAGCACCAAGGCAUCAUCAAACGGCAUUGGGAGUACAUAUGUAACCACCACAGAGAAAAAGCGAAUGUCCUGGAAGACAUAACUGACUCGAAGUCUGAAGACAUGGAGAGCAAGUUCGACUUCUCCGUGAUGUCCUAUAACAUACUUUCCCAAGACCUGCUGGAGGAUAACUCUCACCUGUACAGGCACUGCCGGCGGCCCGUGUUGCACUGGGGCUUUCGGCUCCCGAACAUCCUGAGAGAAAUCAAGCACUUCGAUGCUGACGUACUUUGCUUGCAAGAAGUUCAAGAAGAUCAUUAUGGAACAGAGAUCAGGCCGAGCUUGGAGUCGCUGGGUUACCACUGUGAAUACAAGAUGCGGACGGGAAAGAAGCCAGACGGCUGUGCCAUUUGCUUCAAACACUCGAAGUUUGCGCUCUUGUCCGUGAACCCCGUGGAGUUCUACCGCCCCGACGUUCCUCUCCUGGACAGAGACAACGUGGGCCUGGUGCUGCUCCUGCAGCCCAAAGGUGCCCGCGCGGCGCCGCCUGCCAUCUGUGUGGCCAACACGCACCUGCUGUAUAACCCGCGGCGGGGCGACAUCAAGCUGACCCAGCUGGCGAUGCUGCUGGCAGAGAUGUCCAGCGUCGCCCGUCGGCAGGACGGCAGCCUCUGCCCCAUUGUGAUGUGCGGGGACUUUAACUCGGUUCCCGGCUCUCCGCUCUACAGCUUCAUAAAGGAAGGCACGCUGAAUUAUGAAGGACUGGCCAUAGGGAAGGUGUCUGGCCAGGAACGGUCUUCACGGGGACAAAGAGUUUUAUCUAUUCCAAUUUGGCCCCCAAACCUAGGUAUCUCGCAGAGCUGUGUGUAUGAGAUACAGCAGGUUCCAGAAGUAGGACAGACAGACGGCGGCCCCACGCAGACACAGCUGGACAGAGCCGGGGUCGAGUUGGCAGCUAAAAACCUGCCCUCACACCUGCAGCACCACUUCAGCCUGUCUUCGGUUUACUCACAUGUCUUCCCUGACACCGGGGUGCCGGAAGUGACCACCUGCCACGCCCGAAGCGCCAUCACGGUGGACUACAUCUUCUACUCGGCCGAGAAGGACGGCGCCGCCGGGCGGCCAGAUACUGGAACAUAUCCUCACAAAGGAACAUUUCCAUAGACAUGAAAGACCAAAUGACAACGGAGAACACUUGAAAUGAAUUUUCGUGAACCGGUGAUGAACUCCUACCUUGACGACGCAAGUCAAGAAUCCAGAAGUGAGGAUGGAAUUAGGUCACUAAAAACCAUCAAGCCAGUUGGCGGUUUAAGGCUUACACAUCAGCAUAUUGAAAAUGGUUGCAUUUCUAGUCUUCACCCACCUCCCCCGGCCCCCCCUGGGGGUGAAGAUCAAGAGGUUCUCUAGCUGCUGCCACUUUGAGAUGGGGUGUUACGUGGCAUCACUUCUGGCCAGCAGGCUUCCUAAGACACCUGUCUCCCGGGCUGGCGUGCCACUAAGGUGAAAGGAGAAAUAGAAGCUGCCUUUGGCUCCAGUGGGUGCGUCAUCCUGUGUAUGCGGCCCGUGCCAGGGUCACCUGCCACAAAUCACAUACCUGUAGGCUUCUGCACUAGUUAGCUUCACCUCCAGCACCAGUCCUACGUGGACACUGGAGAACUGUCUCCUUGGGCACCUUUGGUCUUAAUAUAAGACAUCAGAACACACAGCCCACGACAGCGAGGCCUCCGAGCCAGCCUGGCUGGGCCUACGAAGCAGCCCAGAGGUGGUCAGAGGGGCUCCCGCCUCCUAAGACCGCCCGCAUGCACCCCUGACCUCUGGCUCCCGAGGGCGCCCUCGCCAAGCACCCACCGCAUGCCCCUCGGACAGUGCGAGGCCUCUUGUGCUUUUCGCUGCAAAGUUUAAAUGGCAGUUGGGCAGACUGGCUUCUGUCGUGCUUGUUUUGUUUGAGAGAACAGACGCGGCUGUAAGAAAGAUUAAGAAGUGACGCCAAGAUCCUGAAAACAGGUUCCCGUAUUGCCAGAAGAAUUUCAGUGCUUUUGAGUAAGACGUUUGCAUAUAAUACCUUCAAUGUCAUGACAGGCGCACCAGGAAAAAAUUCCAAACUUUAUGAAGAUCCCCAGAGGAAAUACCGGGGAAAGCAUACAAAUAGAAUAUCAAAAAAACAGUUAAGUUUGCAUAUCUGAUGUCAAGAUGCUGAGGUAAUAUUGCCUGCUUUAAAAAGACCCCACCAACCCUUGAUUGUUAUUGCUGAAAAAGACGUUAAUACUGAGUCGAUCCAGAGUGGAAGGGAGGACGCGGUGGUCACGGCUGGUGAGGCAGAAUGCUCAAAGAAAGCCAAAGAAAGUAGUCAGUGGACAAGAAGGAAAUUCGGCGGUCGGGUCCUCAGUCCGCGUGGGGGGGACGGUUCCCCGGGGUGGUCAUGAGUCUCCACGAUCCUGGGCACCACCCACUGAGGGGCCAUUUCCAAGGGAAUCCUGUAGGUACAAGCCCGGGCUUGCAGGGCAUGUGCUGUCCUUCCCAGAGACGGCGACUUCGGUGCAGACACGGGCUCCCGGCGUCCUGCGGGGAGCGGCCGCCUAGAUUCGGAUCUGGUAGCCCACUUCGCUCAGGGCGCCGAGGUCGGCCCCCUUCUCAGGCAGCGCGGGCCUAGCAGAGACAGAGUGGUGAGGACAGGAAUGCUCACUGAGGGCUCCCAACACCUCCAUGCACGCCCCCCUCCCACCUGGGCCCCCCAUGCGGCGCCUGGUCCCCAGACCCACGUCCCAGGUGUCUACGAACAUCACAACGGGCCCCCAGUGCGGGUCAGAGACUCCGGACAGCUCGCCCUGUUCAAGCUUGUGGCAGACUCGGGCCACUCUGGGGUCUGACCGAGGCCCCGAGGCUCAGUCUCCUGGAGACCUCACUUCCUGGUACCGGGGCCCUGGGGUCCUCAGUCGCCCCUGGAGUGGUGAUGCGCCUUUCCAGACUCACCACCCACUGAGAUGCCAUUUCCGAGGAACUCCUGACAAGCAAAACCCACAGUGACUCCUGCUGACUGUGACGGGGUCACACUCCGGACCAAAGGGACUCUGCUAGAGGUCACCUGGGAAGGUUUGUCAGUGUGAGGAGAUGGCUCAGAGGCGCACCGUCUGCUUCCUAGGUACAUUUCUGAAGUCCUCUCUGCUCUAAAACUCCAGCUAAGGGCCCUUCCUGGUGCCACAGCAGGUUAAAGCACAGCGCUUUGAAACUAAAGCCACUUCAGCGAGAGUUCGG